AUGACUUCGAAAAAAUAUAUUAACUAUGAAAGACUGGAUCAGCCUAUGUUUGAUGUAUAUAAAUAUGCAAAUACUAUUGUUAAGGAGACACAUAAUCCCUCAGAUAAUAUGAUUGAUAUAGAUGUCCCCCUUAGAAAAGUACAGUAUGAUUUAGAAGAAAUCAUGGAGCAAAUUCAAGAAAAACUAAAAGAGAACCAUGAGGAUCUUAUAAAUCAUAUAAAAUUUACAAAAGAAACUUCAAAUGAAAAUAUUGGAUGGAUAAAAAAAUAUACAGAAUCAUUAGUUACGUUAUUUGAAGAAAUGGAUAGAAAAUGGACAUCUAAAUAUGAAUCAGCAUCAUGCUUAUUAGUUUCCUUAAAAAAUAAUCAUGUGACUAGUCAAUUACUUGAAGAAGUUCAAGAAUCAAUUAUUUUAUUACAACGUCUAGAGAGUUUAUAUCAAAAAAUAAAAUCGCAUGUAAAUGAGGUAGAAUUAUGGAAGGAUUGUCUUAGAAUAGCAGUGAUAAUUAAAGAAUGGAAAAUACUUUUACAAAAUUUAAAGGAUAUUUUGAUAAUUACAAAGUAUAUUCCGUUUGUAACAUCUGUUUCAGAAGAGCUAGAAUCCAUGGCAUAUGAUGCUCUUUUUGUAAAAAAAUAUACAUCAAAAAUUUUACUUGUUUCUAUUAUAUCGACCUAUUUUUUACUUAAUGAAGAUGCUUUGAUUUCUAAUUUAAAAAAAUAUAACAGCAAGAGUAUAGAAGAUGCAGUUGAGUAUUUUUGUAAAAGUAUUGAAAUUAAUUUAACAUUAAAACGGUUAUCUAUAACUGAUCCUACUAAAGCAACAACUAUUUUAUUAACAAAUAUUGAAAAAGGAUGGUCAGAUAUAGUAAAUAUUUCAAGAAAUAUUUACUAUUUAAAUGAAGCUUUAGAAGAAUCAAUACCUUCUUUUCUAAAGGAAACCUUUUUGAUACAUAAAGACACAAUUAUUUCUAAUAUUUUAGAAAAAUUAAACGGUGAGCCACCUAUUCAAUAUUUUUGGAAACAAUUUUCUUCCAAACUUAUACCUAAAAUCAAGGAUAUGGCCAAACAAUCAUUAUGGCUUAAUAAAAUAUUAUAUCAAGAAUCAGACUUCAUCUUAAAAUUAAUUCAAAAAACGCUUUAUCAUGAACUUCAUAAUCUUGAACUCCAAGAACUAAUUUUAAAAGAUAUUAAGUCUUCAAUUACUGAAAAGAAAUAG